GUGUGUAUAGAUAUGUAUGUAUAUAAUGCAUGUAUGUAUAUAAUCCAUUGAAACAAUGCCUACCCACAUACAUUUUCUAUUAAUUUCAUUUGAUCAAGAAGCCGAAGCUUGAAGAGGGUGAUCAAUGUCUUCAGGAGCAUUUGCAAGAGGAGCACACUCCAUGUUCUCCAAGCCAGGAAUGGUUCGAAAAGCCUGUCACAGGAAAAACACAACCAGCACUAGUAGUGGUGAUAAUACACUGAGAGGAAACAGAGAUGGUGAGGAGACGAAGAUGAUGAAGAAUAGCCAUGUUGGAGAUGGAAAUGGAAUGAGUUGCAGUUGGGUUCCAGAUGAGAGGACUGGUAUUUACCAUCCGAAGGGACAAGAGAAAGUCAUUGAUGACAUUCCUCAAGGAGCUUCAAAGGAUUUUGAUGUUGUUAAUUACUUCUCACAUAAUUAACCAUCAUUCACUAAUUAGGAUAUAUAUGAUGCUUUUGUCUAGCCCCUAGCUUAGGGGCUUACUUGUCCAAA